GCCGACCGGAUUAUCUUCGAUUUUUUUUCACCACCGCGCAUCGAGUCCGGGGGUACUCGCCGUACACCCGCAAACGUAUAUAUAGCCGACGGACCGAGCUCAAUAAUCAUCAUUCAACCGAGCAACUUCCAACCAUCGGCAUUCAACAUGACGAAAAUCACGACAGCCCUCGUUGUAUUGGCGGUCGUAGCCCUCGUCCGGGCCGACGCGUCCAAGGAUGUUAAGAAGAACACCAACAAGAGAUCCGCCUUUGGAUUCGGCCAGUCCGGUCUGGGCUACAGCUCGGGUCUCGGUUACGGUUCCGGUCUGGGCUACAGCUCCGGCUUGAGCUACGGCUCCGGUCUGGGCUACAGCUCUGGUUUGAAAUACGGAUCCGGUCUGGGCUACAGCUCCGGUCUGGGCUACGGUUCCGGUUCGGGAUACAGCUCCGGUCUGAGCUACGGCUCCGGUCUGGGAUACAGCUCCGGUUUGAAAUACGGUUCCGGUCUUGGAUACAGCUCCGGUCUGAGCUACGGUUCCGGUCACGGAUUGUCAUCCGGUUUGGGAUACUCCAGCGCCCCAGCUCCGACCACCGGUCCCCUCAUACCCAUAUCCAAGGAAGUGCACAUCAUCAACCGUCACGCCCAACCAGUGUCCGCCCCGUACCCGGUGCCAGUUCAACACGACGUGCCAGUCGCUGUACCACACCCAGUGCCAUACGCAGUUGACAGCCCAUACCCGGUCAACGUACCUGCCCCAUACCCAGUACCGGUCGAAAGGCCAGUCCCAUACGCAGUCGACAGGCCAGUUCCUCACCCAGUGGCGUCGCCAUACCCAGUCCCGGUUGUCCGUGACGUUCCCGUGCCCGUGUCCAAGCCAUACGCAGUUCCAGUAGUUAAACAAAUCCCCGUGCCAGUUGCCAGCCCAGUCGUCGUACACGAAUCAGCACCUCUGAUCGCUCCCAGCUACAGCUCUGGACACGAAACUUCUGAUAUCGGUUUCGGUCACGGUUCCAGUUACGGUUCUGGUUUCGGUUACGAUUCCGGAUACGGUUCCAGUUACGGCUCCGGUUACGGACUAUCGUCCUACGGCUCCGAAAGCCAAUACGGUGGAUCUCUGGGAUACAGCAGUGGAGAUCUGUCUUCGUACGGUCACGGACACAGUUUCGACUACAAGAAGUAGAACACUCAUAGCGACUCAACCCCAGCACAACAUCAUCGAAUCUACUAGAUUUUUCUUCUAUACCGUGUAUACAUGUAUUUUUAUAGACAAUUUUUUCUUUAUAUGUUUUAAAUGUUGUUAAUAACUUUUGGUUAUCAACUAAAAUAAAUAAUUUUGUUUUUUUCAUUA